UUCACCCUCGCUUUAAAAAGGCGGCCGCGAUCUCUUUCCUUCCUCUUUCUCUUCCACACUCCUGACCAAGCACUUUCACACCACCACACGUCGCAGCCAUGUCGUGGUUCACUCGUCUCGUUCUCAAGUCGAACCAAGAACAGGAGCAACAAAUCAAACCCACGCCUGAGUUCCCGGUCAAGGAGCUGAGGGCAACCAUCCAGCGCUUCAUUGAUGGAAACGGAAAGGAAGACGACCUGGAUUACAUCGUUGCGUGCCAAAAAGACGGCAGCCUCCAGGCACUGACCUGGGCUUGUUACAUCGAGCUGCGCCCGAGCGAAGUCGAACAGAUGCCCAACGUCAUCGAUCCGAACGAGAACAUCGAGAAGCUCCGCGACGCGCUGUUCCCGCUGUGGAUGCCGCCUUCCCAACUGAAAUGGUGGCGCGAGUGCAAGGCGAAGGGAGGGGAGAAUUCGCUAUCGACUCACUUUCAGCAGCUGAAGAAGGAGGAAUUGGAAAAGGUGCUGCAGGAGGCGGAGGAGCGGGCAAAGCAGUGGACAGAGGAGAUGGAAGAGGAGACGGAGGAGGACGUUGCUGAGGAUGUUCAGAAGGAAGGGGAUGGCGAAGGCGGUGAAGGCGGCGAGAGCACGAUCAAUUGAGGAUGAGGCAGAUGUUGCUGGGCUGCAGAUCGAGAAGCAGAGUGGAGGGUGAAUUGGGGAGCAGCUCCACCGGGUUUUCGAUCAAGUCAAUAGCCUUGCUACAGUCUAUAGUUUUCAAUCUAGACUCAAAGUCACUCAAGCGAAGCCUGAUUUUUCGUCCCAUUCAAUUGCUCACGGUCUUCCCUCUGUCAACCAAGGAACACUGUAGUUUGCCCCGAUCAAAGCACGUGACAAGCAGUUCGCAAAUCUGCCAAAUGGCAGAUCUUUUCGAAAUCCUCUUGCCUACCUCGCCUUCGUCACGUGACCGGCAUCGAGACCGAAAUCUGCCAAGUGGGAGAUCUUGUUGAAUCGAGAGAAUAAUC